UCCUACCCUGACUGAUCUCGAGGGGACUUUCAACCCUGCACGAAGCAUGAUGGGAAAGAUGGGAUCCAGGCCAAGUCUGGAUGGGAUUUUCCUGCGCAGGUUUCUCCGCCUUCUUUCUAUGCUUUUCCCUAAUUUUACGUCUCAGAAUACUCUGAUGUUCCUUACUCUGCUGGCCGUGGCGCUCACAAGACAGCUGCUGGUUUACCAAGUUGGCAUUCUCCCCAGCCAGUUUUACGGGAUACUUGCUGAAAAAGACCUGCCCGGGUUCCGGAGCCUCGCCAUCCUUGCUUUGAUUCUGAUCCUUCUGAGCUCCAUACUGUGCAGUACAGACCAGUACAUCGGUAAGCUGGCCUAUGUAAGCUGUCGUCGGGUUAUGACCGAAUAUUUACACAGACUGUACUUCAACAAGCAGGUGUAUUACACGCUAAGUGUACAGCACCCACACAUUGACAAUCCUGACCAGCGCAUGACUCAGGACGUGGAGCGCCUCUGCAGAGAACUUGGCUCAUUUGCAAGUAAAGUCCUACUGACUCCUUUCCUGUUGGCGUAUUACUCCUAUCAGUGUGCUGUGAGCACGGGCUGGGUAGGACCAGUCUCCAUCUUUGGAUAUUUUGUCGUUGGGUCACUGCUGAAUAAAGUUCUGAUGAGUCCGGUGAUCCCCAGAUUGGUACAGCAGGAAAAGCUGGAGGGUGACUUCCGGUUUAAACACGUUCAGAUCCGCGUAAAUGCAGAAGCUGCUGCUUUUAGCAGGGCAGGCCCGGUGGAACACUAUAGAACGGACACAAGACUCGAGAACCUAAUACUUACACAGAAGGAUCUCAUGCACCAAGAAUUUUGGCUGUAUAUUGGAACAAACACCUUUGAUUAUCUGGGGGGCAUCCUCAGUUAUAUGAUCAUCGCUGUUCCCAUCUUCACUGGAGUCUAUGGGGAUAUGAGUGCCGCUGAGUUGAGUGAACUGAUCAGCAAGAAUGCGUUUGUAUCCAUUUACCUGAUCAGCUGUUUCAGUAAUAUCAUUGAUCUGUCCAGCACGCUAUGUGAUGUGGCCGGUUAUACACACAGGAUCGCAGAGCUAGAGGAGGUGAUGUUGGAUCUCUCAGAAUCACACACAGAUCGUGAUGGCGAAAUAUUCACCUCUUGGCAGUCAGAUCCGUCCCCUGAGGUGCGCUCCAACAUGGAGGGUCCGGCUUUCGUGCUGAAUAAUGUUACAAUAACCACGCCAAACUAUGAAUGCACGCUUGUGCGAGACCUGAACUUAAACGUGCGAAAAGGCACUAACCUUCUAAUCACAGGAGACACUGGAAGCGGCAAAUCGUCCAUCUUGCGUGUUCUAGCUGGACUUUGGAAGACUAAACGAGGUGAGGUUUCUGUUCACACAUCGUUUGGCCCUCGUGGGGUAAUGUUUCUUCCACAAAAACCAUUUCUCAGUGAUGGAAGCCUUAGGGAACAGGUAAUAUACCCCUUGAAAGACAUAUACCCUGAUUCUGGCCGGGUUGAUGAUGAGCGGAUAUUGAGGUCCCUGGAUAUGUCUGGACUGGGUUCUUUAGUGAACAGAACGGGGGGACUGGACCAUAAGGCAGACUGGAACUGGUCUGAGGUUCUAUCUCCUGGAGAAAUGCAGCGGUUAGCGUUUAGCAGACUCUUCUAUCUGCAACCAAAAUAUGCAGUGCUGGACGAGACGAGCAGUGCGCUGAGUGAAGAUGCAGAAGCUGAGCUGUACAGGUCCUGCGGGCAGUUGGGAAUGACACUGAUUAGCGUGGGGCACAGAGCCAGUCUUUACCAGUUUCACGACUGGGAGCUGAGACUUGGGUCAGAUGGACAAUGGGAGCUGAAACGCUUGAAGAAGUAGUGACUCAUAGCCGCCAUUAUGGGUUAGUGACAUGACGCGCCAGCCAAGAUACAGGGAAAAUGGACCACCUGUUCUUCCUCGCUUAUCUCUGCCGCAGUGCACCAAUCAACAGACCAAAAGAUUAUGUGAUGGUUCAUUCAUUGCUCCUGCCACUGAUCGGUUGGAGUGUUUUACACCUUUCCUGGUCUGUGAUUGGAUGACUUGGCCACCAUCUCCAGACUAUUAUAAUAUGUUCUCCCCCCUAUCCUUUAUUCAGCUGAUAAUAUCUGUAUCAACCAGUCCCUUACACGAUCUCUGCUGCCCCUCUCGUUAGGACUUUUUAGAGAAGAAGUAAAUGGGGUUUAGGAGUGAGCGCAUGAGAUAUGUAGAAAAACGCAGGUUUCACCCCUGGUGGCUUCUAGAUCUGCCAGAACAUUGCAGUAUUAAAACACUCUUGGCCUAGUUGGAAUUUGCAGUAUUAAUGUUUUUAGGAUCUUUCUGUGGGUAGCACUCAGACCAGUCUGUAACCCAGCCAAUGGCAGGACUUUACCAGUUAUUAGUCAGAUUACAUCACUAUUUUUUGUAUCCGUGCCAUACCUCACUACUUUUUUUUUAUUUACCGAUUUCAAAGCGCUGAAAGGGAACCUCGCUCCCCAAAUGAAGGAGGGAGACACAUUAAUAUCAAGGCUGCGGGUGUUUUUGGCUACACAAAUCACGGUUUUUGUAUUUCAUUUGUAUUACUGGGAGGAAUUUGUAUUACUAAUUAGAAAAUGAUCAAGUCUUGUUUAUAAUUAAAGCAGAACAUUUUGAUUAA